AUGUUGUGGACGGGUCUCAUCUGUCUUUUUACCUUGUGCCAAGCACAAGAGAUCAAACACUUGCCAGGAGUUAGGUUCAAACUCAAUUUCAAACACUAUUCCGGGUUCUUCCAAGUUUCCGACACUCAUGUACUUCACUACUGGUUCGUUGAGUCUAAGAAUGAUCCCGCAAGGGAUCCACUAAUCUUCUGGUUCAAUGGUGGUCCAGGAUGUUCCUCGUUGGGCGGCCUUCUCAUGGAGAUGGGACCGUACUUGGUAAAACCUGACGCUAGAAGCCUCAGGAAGAACCCCUAUUCUUGGAAUCAAAUGGCUACAGUGGUGUAUAUCGAAUCCCCUGCGGGAGUCGGAUACUCCUAUUCCACUGAUGGGAACAUCACCACCAACGAUGACCAGACUUCACUCGAGAACUACGAAGCUGUCAAACAAUUCUUUCAGACUUUUCCUCAAUUCCGACAUCACGCUACUUUCAUCAUGGGAGAAUCGUACGGAGGUGUAUAUGUACCAACAUUGGCUGACAGAAUCCUUGUUGGCCAAAAAGACUUUCCCAUCAAUCUGAAGGGAAUUGCACUUGGGAAUGGUUGGGUACACGAAAAGUUAAACAUAGACACUUCCAUUCGAUACGCUUACGGUCACGGAAUCGUCGAUGAAGAGACAUGGUAUACACUCCAAAGGGAUUGUUGCGGAGGCUGCAUCGAGUCUUGCGAUCUCACUCAGGUACUAAACGUUGAGGCGUUGUUCUUCCCCAUGAGUUUAAUUCUCGCUUGCACAGCUCAGGAAGUAAAAGUCGCAAGUGUUUGA